AUGGAUCCAUCCCUUUCUGUACAACAACACCAACAACAAACCAUUAUCAUCACCAACAUUAAUAAUAAUAAUAAUAAUAAUGGUGGUGGUGGUGAAGAAGAUGGUGGUCUAAAGGAUCCAACAAACAACAACAAUGAUAAUAAUAAUAAUAUUGUAAAACGAAAACGUACAAAGCGUCAAAGGGUUCAAUCCUCAAUCCCCCCAUUCACAAUUGUUGCCCAUAAUAAUUCUUCUACCUCAUACAGCACUGCUUUAAAUUAUUCAUCAUCCCCGCCGGCGGCAGCAACAACAUCAUCAUCGUCAUCAGCUUCUGAUAUUCGGGCUAGUAGCACCACCACGGAAGAUGAAGAUACCGCCCACUGCCUCAUCCUUCUCUCCAAAGGUCAUGAUCACAUUCAUAUUAAUCACGUAUCAUCAUCACCAACAAUUAAUAAUAAUAAUAAUAAUAAUAAUAAUAAUAAUAAUACAGAAGAAUUUUCUAGCUAUAAGUUCAAUAGCAAAAAAUACAUACAAACAUCCGGAACAUAUGUAUACGAGUGCAAGACAUGUAGCAGGAUAUUUUCAUCGUUUCAAGCGCUCGGAGGCCAUCGAGCAAGCCAUAGAAAACCAAAAGCAAUCAACGAGCAGCUAGACAAACGAAAACCACCUGCCAACGUGGCAUUUUCAGAUGAUGAUGAUGAUGAUAAUCAAUCAUCACCACCUUGGAAGAUGAUCAAAAACAACAACAAUUAUUCUUCAUCUAAUAAUUCCUCCUCCCUUUCUCAUCAAAUAAACCACCCCCCAAAAAAAUCGUCUUCUUCUUCUAAACUUCACGAAUGUUCAAUAUGUGGCACGGAAUUUAAUUCCGGUCAAGCCUUGGGUGGCCACAUGAGGCGACACAGGGCGGCUAUCAUCAACAACAACCACCCGACAACAACUUUGUCUUUGGUUCCUAGUUAUGUCCCGGAUGUUACAACAACGACGAACAUGGUAGUUAAAGAUGAUGAUCAUCAAAGUAAUAUUAUUAUUAAUGAGGAUGAUGAUAUUGAUCAUAAGUCAAGAAAUGAUCAUGGUUUGCUUUUGGAUUUGGAUCUCAACCUUCCGGCGCCACCAGAAACCGCCAUGGUGGCUGCCGUCAGUCAAGAUCAACACCGAGAAUCUAGCAGCUUCAAUAAAUUUAUGACCAAUAAUAAUAAUAAUAAUCAGAACAAACAACAUCAGCCAGCCGUUCAUUUAUCAACCACCCCCACAUUGGUGGAUUGUCACUACUAAUUAAUUUACAAACAAAGGUGCAAAUAUCAUUUCUUUCUUUUUUUUCUUUAUAUAUAUACUCAUGAUUUUUUACAUUUUGUAUUCUAAAGUUACACGUACAAUUCUUAAUUAUUCUUGUGAAGGUAGAUGUGAAAUUGUU